AUGGUUAAACGUUUUAUUAAUAUUUCUACAUCUUUGCCUUUUCUGUUGAAGAAUAGGAUGUAUCAUAAGAAAAAGUUUUUCUUUAUUCAAGAAAAACAUAUAUGUAAUCAACACACACCGUUGCAUAUAUACAACGCCACAAAAUACUCCAAGAAAUCAAUGAAUCAUAGAUUGUUUUAUAUAAAUUGGAUGUUUGUUUUUCUAUUGCUAGAUUUUUGUAAUGGACAUUUAGAUAUAUAA